AUGGCCGACAUGGACCAAAGCAUGAUGGACGAGUCCUUUGCGAUGUCCGAGGCUGCGGAUGACCAGAGCAACGGCGGCUUAACCGCCAGCGCGACGGUCGGUACAAGACGACAAGCGAAUGGCACCAUUGGCUCUGUCUACUCGGGCAACAAGAUUCGGCACCUCAAGAAAGAAGACGGUAUCCCUCUGUGGCGCAAAGAUAUCCAAUACCAGUUUUUGAAACUGGUGUUUGAAGACAAAACACCAGUCUUUACGCGGUACCCCGACGGACAAAAGGGAAUGGACUUCGCGGAUGUCUACAUCGAUGCGAUGGCCCGGAGCAGCAAGACUAGCAAAAUCCUCAAGGAUAAGUUGCAGAAUGACAAGCCGGCAGCUAUCAGUAUGGCCAUGGUCUGUCUGCUGGUCAACUUCGGUCGCAUGAAUACCACUCUGAACUUCUUCCCCGAAAUGCGUGCUCAACUCCGAACCUACCACUCGAUUCCUUCAUUACAAGCGCACCAGGACUCCAAUGCCUACAAGCAGCUGCAAGAUGCCCCGCGUCUCAAAUCUAUCCUCAAGGGCGCCUCUGAGGACGCUGAGCAACCGAACACACUGGAUAAGAUCAAGCGGCUAAAUGUGCCUCGGACAAACCCGGUGAAUCUGAUAUUCGUUCUGGCGCAGUACGCCCCCAAAGUGUCGGAAACACACUUCUUCCCUCCACGAGACUUCUUCGAUUUGGUCAUGAGGUCUACGCUUAGUAGUCAAAGUCGCGCCAGAGCGUUCCUGUGGUUGAUGUGGUGGUAUCUGGAGAGUGACUUUAGCCGUGAAGCGGCCCUAAACAAUCCGUUUGGUGCUGGUAUGGAAGGCGAGGGCUCUGAGGGACUACCUCUCAAGGUGCCAGCCUUUGAUAUCUUGACCGAGGAGCAGUCGAAUGAGGAGAAUGUAGAUACACCCGAAGAGCAGGAAUAUGGAGAGUCGAAGAGACUGGAACGCAAGCGCAUUCUAGAGGAAGAAGAACCAUUACCACGCGUCCCCAAGCGACCCAAGAAAGAAUUCGGGUUUGACGAAGAAUCAUUUGCUGGAGACUACUCUGGCUUCGGAGGUCGCGGCUCUGCCAUGUCCACCCCUCUCCACCCCUCUGCUAAACGAAGCUUGGACGACGAGGAAGAUGAUAUGACUCCUGGUUACUCUCGUCCGCGCCCCAAACAAGCCAAGCGGGAAUCAUCACUCAACCGAGCUAUGGGCCAGCAGAGGCUCGUUUUGAAGACGAGGAUGGAUCACACUCCGGAUGUUUCUCCUGCGCCUCCGGGCUCCAAUCAUCCAGUUCUCAACCGUUUCAUCGCCGAGCCUUCAUUGUCUACAGCGCCUGGACGCCGACCACGCCCAUUAACACAACACCAGAUUGCUGUGGAACAAAAUCGUCGCCAAAGGAUCGACUAUCUCCUUGCCAAGCGCAGGUCUAAUGCAUACCGUGUCCUUCGUGCCAAGCGGGAGAGUGAGAUUCCUUUCGGCCGCUACGGUCGCUUGCUCCAGAGUCUUCCCGAAGGCUACAAUACAGACGAUGAAGAAAACUCAUGGGGCAAGGGUGGCCUUUUCCCAAACCCAGACGAAGAAGACGACUUUGGAGAAUGUGCCAGUGUCUUCCUGUCCGUAGUACGGAAAGCCGCGCGACGACUGGACCGCUGGGAUUGCGACGAAGCCAACGGGCCCAAGAAAGAUCGCAAGCAGGAACGCGAGGAGAGAUACAAGGCCCGAGCAGCCCUGGAGGCUGACGUGCGCAACUCCAACAAUCGCUCGCGCCCGCGUGCCUCGCGCCCUAGUGCUGCCGCCAAGCGCAAGUCGGGUGUAACAGCUACCCCUGGCACAGCAAAGAAAGCCCAAGCGUCUCGUGCCAAGGGCCACCCUGGCUACCCCGACGGUCCGGGCGUUGCCUCAUCAGCCAUGGGCACUCCCAACUGGGACCCGGAACAUGGACACGACGACUACAUGGAAGGGGAGCUGGACGAUCUCGAUCGCGAACUGCUCGGUGAAGGAUCCGAUGGCGAUUCAACGGAUGACCAGGACGAUGAUGACGAUGACGAGAAUUCAUCUACGUACGAUGGUGCCAACGGCUAUGCACGACAUGAGGCCUCAUCCCCGCCCCCGGGGGGUCUUGGUGAUCACCGCGAAGGUGAUGGCGACGAAGUGAUGGAAGACUAG